CUGCGCCUCGGCGUGAACGAGUGCCUGCAGAUGGCUCCCGCCACAGUGGACACCGUGCUGGACAAGCUGUCCCGAUGCCACGUGGUCAUCUUCGUGUUCGCCUUUCUCCGAGGCCUUCCUGUCACGUGGAACAUGAUGAUGCCGGUGUUUGUGUCGCCGUCAGCCGUCGAGUUCCGCUGCGCCGAGGCACUCAACGGGAGUCUGGCGACAGCCAGCGGCGGCGGCCGCCAAAUAUGGGCGAACAGCACGGCUCAAUGUUUCACCUUAGAUGGAACCAAUGCCAGCAAACCAUGCGAAUCCUGGGUCUACGACCGCAGUGUAUACGGCAAAACGGUCACUGAAGAGUGUAACAUGGUAUGCAGCAACAGGUGGAUGGUUUCUUCUUCCCAGAGCAUCUACCUCGCUGGUGUGGUUGUCGGAACAGUGGCCGCAUCCCACAUUUCUGACUGGUACGGCCGCAAGAGGACAAUACUGGGUGCAAUAGUGCUCUCAUUGGGUGCGAGUGUCACGACUGCCUUCUCGACCUCAGCCACCAUGUACUACAUCUUGCGGUUCGUUGUGGCCAUGGGAGUCUCCGGAUUCGCGGACGUCAUUUACACUCUGAUCAUGGAGACAGUGUCACCGCGGUUCCGCUACAUGCCCACAAUGACGUUGGACAAUGGCUGGACGACGGGCAUGUUGCUGCUGCCGUGGCUACACUACCUGACGCGGGAGUGGCGCGCCACCCAGCUGUACGCAGCGCUGCCGCUCGCUCCGCUGCUUGUGCUCGGCUGUUUUUUACCAGAGUCUCCGAGGUGGCUGAUGGCCAUGGGCCGGUUCCCGGCCGCCAAGAAAGUGGUCAUGAAGUUCGCUGGCAACGCCCCUGAGCACGUAAUUGACGACAUAAUCGAGGAGGCCAAGCGCAAGAAGGCUGCGGCUCAAGACAUUAGCAGAGCAAGCAUCGCUGACUUGUUCUCUACAAAGGUGUGGGCCAGCAAAACGGCGCUGUUCAGCUUCGAGAUGAUAAUUUACAGUUUUGUAUGGUACCAUAUCACCGCCUCGACGGGAAGCGUGGGCGGCAAUCCAUACGUGAGCUUUACCAACGGCGCAUCAUCCGAGUACCCGACGAGGCUGAUCAACGUGCUGCUCAUCAAGUACUGCCGUCGGCGGUUCGCCAUCUGCGGCAGCAUGUGCUUUGCGGCGCUGGUCAUGGUCGCCUUGUGGCCCGUGCCUCCCGAAUACUCGUGGCUGCGGCUGGGCCUGCUGAUGUUGGGUAAGAUGGGCACGUCAAUGCAAGGCGCAGUGUUGCGCGUCCAGCUGAGCGAGAUCUACCCGACCUUGGUGCGCUCGGUCGCCAUGGGCUUCUGCAGUACGGUGGGCUGGCUGGGCUCGGUUCUGGCACCCUUCCUCGACGACCUGGGUGAAGCGACGCAACCGUGGGUGCCAAUCGUGGUGUUGGCAGGCCUCUGCAUGGCGGGAGCUGGCGCAUCCUGGCUGCUUCCGGAGAGCUUCCAGAACACGCUGGAGGACGGGUUCUCCACUGGCGAGGCCGCAGUGAACGAAGCCGCUGGCCCCGCAAGCUCCGCUGACCCCGCAAGCCCCGAUCUAAAGCAAGUGACGCGCUUUUAACCCUACCAAACGACCAGAAGUGUUUAUCCACAGCGGGAAACAGGAUGCAAGACGGAAUCAUCGUAGCACUCGAGGCAGAGGCAAGAAAUGGUUGUUACUCCACCCAAGCUUGAAGAAGUUUAUGUACUGGCCACCGCCAGGCUAACAUGUUUGUGUAUAUUUCCAGCACUUGUUGUUUGGCUAGUGAGUUAAUAGUUUAAGAAACACACGGCUCAAAAUAGGGAAAACACGGGGAAUACUUUCACCUUGUUCUCGUGUUGCUCAAAGGCUCAAAGUAGUCGCAUCAAAUACAACGGAACCACGGCUAUUAUUAGGAGCUUUUUUUUCAAGCGCUUGAGCUGGUCUAAGGAGGGCUCAGGUGAUCACACGAAUUGCGCGAACGCCUGAAUUCGUUUUUCCGCCACCGACAGUUCAAGUCAUUGUUUGAUUCAA